AUGGCCCUGAGAUCAACGACGAACGGCGCUGCACAAGAGAGAGAGCUGUCAAAAAUCCUCUUCGUGGCUAAGGGUAUCUUCGCCAAUGGCUCUCUAGCAAUCCUCUUUCUUCCGCUCUUCUCCCCAUGCCGGGAGUACUUUGCCGACGCAAGCCAGGAGAGAAGCAUUGAGCAUGCUGCCUGUCAUCACGAGCUUAUCUCCAGGUAUGGGCCAUGGCAAUCCUUCGGUGAUGACACUGACCUUCGCGACGGCAAAGAAAGAGAGCUGUCGAAAAUCCUCUUCGUCGCCGAGGAUGCCUUCGCCAAUGGCUCCCCGCCAAUCCACUUUCUGCCGCUCUACUCCCCGUACCGGGAGUACUAUGCAGAUGCCAGCGAAGAUCGACCCAUUGAGCAUGCUGCCUGUCACCACGAGCUAAGACCUCGCGAUGGAGAAAUCAGUACCGACAGGAUCGCGCGUCUGGGAGCAGAUAGCUUUCUCGCCGAACUUGGGAAGGAAUUGGAGAAUACCACGCUUGGUGCUUCGAGUGCAGGCAGUGUAUAG